GUCGCCAGGUAAAGCCUGCUAGCAUCCAUUGGAGCCAACGUCCAAAUUUGGCAUUCCCCAAUUGAGCUGUGCUAGGUUCGUAUCUGCUCGCUACGACCGUCGUUUCCAUGUAAUAGGGUGUUAAUCUGGACGUGACUGUGUACCUCAGCAGAUAAGUGCAUCAGCUACAUUGUCUGAAGGUAACAGUGACAGCAGUAGCAGGUAAAAUUGAUAGCUUCACUAUGUCGGGUGUUUUGAUUAACGAUGUCCGAGUUUCCGCUGACAAGCAUGCAGGCUUUAAUGCUGUUUGGGUGAAGCCGUCCACCAAACUUCACACAAAUUGGAUGACUGAUGCUUCUUUUCAUUGAGUCAACAUAUUGCUUUUAACGUCAUUUCACUCAAGUUACGAUGCCGCACUGGCUCGCAGACGCCUUACAUGUGACUGCUAAAACAAUGAGGCUGAGAAUGCGUAAGGCGUCUCAGCAACCGAACCCCACUCUGGCAAGCCGCCCAUCCCGAACCAAGCGGAGGCAUUCAGAAGUAGAAGAGGACACUCCCACUACUGGGAGGGGAUUGUUCUCCACCAUCAAGAAGUUUAUCAGAGGAAAUGCUGUAAAGGUUCAGGAGGAAAGCCCAGCCAAGAAGACACGCCUCCACUGUGAUGUGGACAACAACCUGAUCACCUCCACACCCACAAACGCCAACACCCCCCGGAGGAAUAUAAGCAGAGUUGGCAGGAGAGGAUCCGUCAAUGGACAGGCAACCAAUCACGACAGGAGUAAAGAGAAGCCCAAUGGUAGCCUGGAAGAGACGACGGCGGUUGAGGUGACCAGCAGCCCUCCCAGAACGACCCUUCUCGGGACGAUCUUCUCCCCUGUUUUCAAUUUCUUCUCACCAGCUAAGAAUGCCUCUUCUGGCUCGGACUCUCCAGACCAAGCUUUAGAGGCCGAGGAGAUAGUCAAGCAGCUGGACAUCGAGCAAGCCGUGGAGACGCCCACCAGCACAGCUACAUCCACACAGGAACUGUGUGUCACCACCAACUUCUACUCGAGCGUCUCGCAGCUCCCACCCCUGCGACCCCCGCACAUCCUCGAGGCUUCUCCCACAACAGAAGUAGAGUUGGAUACGGACCCUGACCUCCCCCCUCUCACAGCUCCGGGCUCCAGUCCAGAUAUGACACAUAUGGACACUCUUCCAGCUGCAGUACCACCAGAGGUAUCCUAUGAGGAAGACUGGGAAGUGUUUGACCCGUAUUUCUUCAUUAAGCACGUUCCUCCACUGACAGAGGAGCAGCUCACCCGUAAGCCAGCCCUGCCACUGAAGACGCGCAGCACGCCAGAAUUCUCUCUGGUCCUAGACCUGGAUGAAACUCUGGUGCACUGCAGUUUAAAUGAGCUGGAGGAUGCAGCACUUACCUUUCCUGUCCUCUUUCAGGAUGUCAUUUAUCAGGUGUAUGUGCGCCUGAGGCCAUUCUUUAGAGAGUUUCUGGAACGCAUGUCUCAAAUAUAUGAGAUCAUCCUCUUUACAGCCUCUAAAAAGGUGUAUGCAGACAAACUGCUCAACAUCUUGGAUCCUAAAAAGCAGCUUGUGAGACACAGGUUGUUCCGUGAGCAUUGUGUCUGUGUCCAGGGAAACUACAUCAAAGAUCUCAACAUUUUAGGAAGAGAUCUGUCAAAGACCAUCAUUAUUGACAAUUCACCACAAGCCUUUGCGUAUCAGUUGUCCAAUGGAAUUCCCAUAGAGAGCUGGUUCAUGGAUAAGAAUGACAAUGAGCUUUUGAAGCUGGUGCCCUUCCUCGAGAAGUUGGUUGAGAUGAAUGAGGAUGUGCGGCCGCAUGUUCGGGAGAGGUUCCGGCUUCAUGACCUGUUACCACCUGACUGAAGCCACCCACAGGCUCUGAAAAGGGGACAACAUGAAAAAAACUGAAAACGUGCGUGUAAAAAGCCUCUCUUUGGAUUACAAACUACAACAUUGCCAUUACUUUUACAAAUUUUAGCCUUUUUUUGUUUGUGUUUAAAUCCACCAUUGCUUUAAAAAAAAAAAAAAAAAAAAAACUUCUAAAGAAAACCUUUUUAAAAGAUCUGGGUGAGAUUUUCUAAAAAUCUAAACAUAUAGAUGAAAUUACACACACUAUGGACAAGCCCAGGUUGACUCCUCUUUUUUGAGGGGGCUCUCCAGCUGUGGAGCCAGAUAUCAGCUCCACACUAAAUUCUGAAGUCUUGGUGCUGGUUUAGUGGAUUUGAAAACGCCACUUGGUAUAGAGGAACUCCACCUUCCCUGAACCCAGACCAACCCUCUGGUGCUCACGCUGUUGAUAACUGACGAUAAGACACUCUGUGGCUACAGACCAUUUUCAACAGGAAUGACUGGCCUCUAAAUCAAUCUGUGCAUGUGUGUACGUUUACUCCUAGCCACACACACUCACUGAUUUGGUUGUUUGGGCAAACCUACAAACUGUAGCCUUGAAAAUCAUAUGCAUUCCUCUGUAGCUAAUGUCAACUUUCUGUUGUUGGUUGCAGUUUUAUUCUGGUAAAACUGGUGUUUUUUUUUUUUUUUUUUUGUUUAUGUUUUUGAAGCUAAGGUUAACAAUGUUUCAUUUCAGUUUGUAAGAUAUAUUUUAAAAGGGUCAUGUAAGUUUCAUUGUAAACCUUUCCCCAUUUAAAACAUGUAAAUGACAGUCCACUGCAUAGUCAAAUAAAGUGGGAUGAAUCCAGGACUUUAUACCUUGUUCUUGUUCUGAGGUUUAAAUGAAUGUGUGGACGCGACAUGGCUCCUUGAUUUUUUUUUUAAAUGUUAAGAUUAAGAAUCAUGUUACCUGUAAAUCUGACACAUUGUAAUGAUUUAAGGGCAUUCAUUCUCAAAGUGAUGUCAUCGUUAACUUUUCUUUUUAAUAAUUUGUCAUUCGUAUGUAAUCAGUAUUGUCUUUGGCUCCAUAUCAAGUAUUCUCGCUAAAUCUGAUCUUUUAGUUGUCAUGUGUAAUUUGAUGGUUAUAUCAGUAGCAUUAUGACUAAUGUAGCACACCUCUGCCAGUGUGUCAUAAAGUCUACUCGUGGUAGAAAAUCUAUGGCCAGACUGUGUACCAGCCAUAUCUGGCACCAGCAGCGUACUCUUACCGUCAGCUUCAGACUGCUCCUCUGCCUGUUUCAUGUUUUGUUUUUUUUUUUUUGUUUUGUUUUUUAAGCAUUUGUUCAGUGUUUCGCUGUCUAAAGAAUUGUUUAAGAAUGGUAACUAAAUGAAUGUGUUUUUUGCCCAACAACUUCAGCCUGGACUCUCAAGCCAAUCUGAUGUUUUACUCCUCGGUUAUUUCAGUGUAAUUUAUUGAUGGUGAAACGCACAGUAGGCAGAUGUGUUGCUCACGUGUCGGCCACCGUACAAGCCUAAACUUGGGAGGUCGCACAAUCUCAAAAGCCUGUCACUCACACAAGCCUAUGACAGUUUGGCACAGUUUUUCUUUAGUUCUCGUUUGAAUCUUAAGUGCAUUUUAUGUUAAGGCAGAUGUGUGUUUGGGUUACUUGUAUAGUGCCAUACAACACAGGUUCUUCCUCGUGGCUUUUCUCAUGCUCCCACCCAUAAAAUGCUUCACUGGAAAGAGACAAUCAAACCUCCAAGCUUUGCAGAUGCUGAAACAUGAAUAUGCCCACCCUUCCUCCCUCGUCCACCUUCCCUCCCACAGUGUGCAGUAUGUGUCGUGUAUUGUGAUGCUGUUUGAGUUGUGCGCUGUGUGUAAAUUGGCCAGGUGAAUCCUGCUCUGCCCAAACAAUCCCUGCUGCUCACAUUGCACAGGUUAUUUUCUGAAGUACUUUCUGUUCUUGCUGUUUAUUUUGCCUUUCUCGCUAGAAGUUAGUAGCUCUCCAGAACUUAAAAUCUGCUUGGCCACAACAGUGUUUGCUCUGACAUAAUGUUAUGAGUACACAUGUCCAGACUAUGAAUGUAAAUUGUACAUGGGGGUGAAGGCUAAAGUGUCUUUCUAUUAUUCCACGCUGUUAUCUCCCCAUUCAGAGGCAAAAACAAUGAGCUUGGUAUAGGAGACAAGUCUUGAGCACCUAUCAUGGUAGCUGCUGCCCUCAACCCACCCACCCUCCUCUUGUCCCCGUGAUCGUUCACCAUCCUGACGUCUUGUAUUAUGCAAGCCUCACUUUGAGUGUCGAGCUGGUGCGCUCAUCUUCUUAGUGGGCUGUGUGAUUAUGUAAAAUUGUCAGUCAUGGCUUUUAUUCUGAAGGGUCAACAGGAGGCAUUUAAUUCAUUUCAUCCAGCUCAUUUUUAUGUGCAUUACCAGUUUAUUGUACACUGAGUGUUGUACAAUACAUGCAGCUUCAUCUUUAAAAAAAAAAAAAAAAAA